AUGCCUCAGUGCCUGCAAGAUACAUAUUCCAGAAGGAUGAGUUUUCCUGACCAAGAUAUACUGGGCCAGGCUUUUGAAGAUGCUCUAGAAGUACUUCAGCAGCACUCUGACAGAGAAAUGCAGUGUCCACUGGGUUAUAAAAAUUGCCUAACUGUGAUCAACCAUCACCACCACCGAGCAAGUCCCGGCUACUCUGUAACACCAUCUGCAGAGGACCAAGGAUAUAGCUGGAGAAAUGUGAUUAACAGUGGAAUGGAUUUUUAUGCAGAUGAGACUGUCUACAAUAUGCUGCAGAAUACUGCAGAAACCCAAGUGAUGCAUGCUACUGCUGGCCAGCCAAAAGCAGGAAAAGGUAGGAAAAAACUUCGACUGUUUGAGUACCUUCAUGAGUCUUUAUAUGAUCCAGCUAUGGCAAACUGCAUCCAAUGGGUGGACAAACCCAAUGGUGUCUUCCAGUUCGUCUCUAAAAACAAGGAGAAACUUGCAGAGCUGUGGGGAGAAAGAAAGGGAAACCGCAAGAUCAUGACAUACCAGAAAAUGGCCAGAGCACUGAGGAAUUAUGGAAGAACAGGUGAAAUCAUUAAAAUUCGAAGGAAGUUGACCUACCAGUUCAGUGCUGUUGUUUUACAGAGACUCACUCCGUCUUAUUUCUUGGGAAAAGAAACAGUUUGUCAUCCAUACAUUCAGUCUAAUCAAGACUACCAGUGUGCAGAUGACUGGCUCAGUUACAGCAAUUACAUGCAUAACAGUGGUUAUGCGUUACAGCAUGCUAACAGCUAAACAUAGCUUUCACGUGAGCUGGUCUUUGUUAUCUAGCAAUAGUUUCUGGCACAAGAACUCUUCUCUGUACAUGACUUUUCCUUUAAGAUACUAUGCAAACACACAAAGAGGGGAGUUUUAAAAAUGAUAUUUUUGUUCCUUUUUAAGUUAAUGAUAAAUGGCCACUGACUAGUGAAGAGUCAGCUGUAGAGCAUGAUGUUAAGCAAAGGAAUUCAGAUUCAAGCUGAUAUUUCCAAGAUCAAGAACAAGGCCUUUGUCUGCUAGAGGGCAUCAAAGAUCUCACCCUAACAAUGCUCACUGGAAGUUUUAUGCAUAUGUCCAGCAUUUCCAAUCAGAAUUUAGAUGCUCUUGUACCACUGUGCAUACACUCCUUAUGCGCUGAGUGCACACGAGUCAGAAAGGGAAGAGAUUUGCCAACUGCAUGUGGCAACUGACUCCUUUUUUAAUGUUCUUUAUUAAGAGGUAUUUUCUGAGGAAUGUCUGGUUGAAUAAUUAAGUCCACACAAAGGUGCAACUGUUAGCCAAGUCCCUAAUCACUUAGCACUAAAGACAGAUCCAGAUGUUAAUUCAGUAAAUAACUGCCAAAAUAAGAAGGUCAUAACUGUGUAGUUCUUUUUUAAUUUUGAGUGUAGUAUUCUGUAAAAUGCAAAUAUUACUACAAAAUAGACACAAGGAUGCGUCUGGUCUUACAGAAAUGAUCCUGAUCUAGCACUGAACAGAGUGGGAGCUUAGCUCUUAGAAAAGGACUGAGGUCUUUCAGUUGGGAUGCCACCACUGUGUAAGCACAUAUGUAAAUACAACACUUCAAAUGUCCAAUGUACAGAAAUUUGACAAGAACUGUACAAUUUAGUUGUUGCACUUUUAUCAACCAUUGCAAACUGGUGUUAUGCCAUUUGUGAAGCUGUCAACAUAUACUGGGUUAAGAAUCUGCUUUGUGUAAAACUGCUUACAUAUCAAUAUAUUUGGACUCACUUUCUUCAGCCUCAUU